AUGAGGGCUGCCUUUGCAGGGAGUGCUGCCUUCGCAAGGGGUGGUGCCUUCGCAAGGAGUGCUACCUUCGCGAGGAGUGCUGCCUUCGCGAGGAGUGCUGCCUUCGCAAGGAGUGCUGCCUUCGCAAGGAGUGCUGCCUUCACAAGGAGUGCUGCCUUCGCAAUGAGGGCUACCUUUGCAGGGAGUGCUGCCUUCGCAAGGGGUGGUGCCUUCGCAAGGAGUGCUGCCUUCGCAAGGAGUGGUGCCUUCGCAAGGAGUGCUGCCUUCACAAGGAGUGUUGCCUUCGCAAUGAGGGCUGCCUUUGCUGGGAGUGCUGCCUUCGCAAGGGGUGGUGCCUUCGCAAGGAGUGCUGCCUUUGCAAGGAGUGCUGCCAUCGCUAGGAGUGCUGCUUUCGCAAUGAGGGCUGCCUUCGCAGGGAGUGAUGCCUUUGCAGGGAGUGCUGCCUUCGCAAGGAGUGAAGCCUUCGUAAGGAGUGCUGCCUUCGCAGGGAGUGCUGCAUCCGCAAGGAGUGCUGCCUUCGCAAGGUGUGCUGCCUACGCAAGGAGUGCUGCCUUUGCAAGGAGCACUGCCAUCGCAAGGAGUGCUGCCUUCGCUAGGAGUGCUACCUUCGCAAGGAGGGCUGCCUUCGCAAAGAGGGAGUACUGCCUUUGCAACGAGUGCUGCCUUCCAAUGAGUGCUGCCUUUGCAAGGAGUGCUGCCUUCGCAAGGAGUGCUGCCUUCGCAAGGAGUGCUGCCUUCGCAAGUAGUGCUGCCUUCGCAACGAGGGCUGCCUUUGUAGGGAGUGCUGUCUUCGCAAGGGGUUUUGCCUUAGCCAGGAGUGCUGCCUUUGCAAGGAGUGCUGCCUUCGCAAGGAGUGCAGCCUUCACAAGGAGUGCUGCCUUCGCAAGGAGUGCAGCCUUCGCAAGGAGUGCUGCCUUUGAACAGAGUGCUGCCUUUGCAGGGAGUGCUGCCUUUGCACAAAGUGCUGCCUCCGCAAGGAGUGCUGCCUUUUCAUGGACUGUAGCCUUCGCAAGGAGUGCUGCCUUUGCAACGAUUGCUGCCUUCGCAAGGAGUGCUGCCUUUGCUAGGAGUGCUGCCUUCGCCUGGAGUGCUGCCUUCGCAGGGAGUGCUGCCUACGCAGGGAGUGCUGCCAUCGCAAGGAGAGCUGCUUUCACAAGGAUGUGCUGCCUUCGCAAGGAGGGCUGCCUUCGCAGGGAGUGCUGCCUACGCGGGGAGUGCUGCCUUCGCAAGGAGUACUGCCUUCGUGAGGAGUGCUGCCUUCGCAAGGAGUGCUGCCUUCGCAAGGAGUGCUGCCUUCGCAAGGGGUGGUGCCUUCGCAAGGAGUGCUGCCUUCGCAAGGAGUGCUGCCUUCGCAAGGAGUGCUGCCUUCGCAAGGAGUGCUGCCUUCACAAGGAGUGCUGCCUUCGCAAUGAGGGCUGCCUUCGCUGGGAGUGUUGUCUUCGCAAGGAGGGCUGCCUUCGAGAGGAGGGCUGCCUUCGCAGGGAGUGCUGCCUUCGCAAGGGGUAA